AUGGAACAGCAACUAGCGGCGGGAAAAGGAGCACAGCAAGCCAAGCCAGCGCUUGCCCGAACAGCAGGGACCAUCAGCCCCCACUCCGCACCACGCCACCCUAUAGACACGCCAGGGACCAAGUCCAGCGAGCUGGAUGCCGCACAUCACUCUCGGUAUGUCGUGCAGCACCUGUCAACCGGACAACAGCGUGAACAAGCUGAAUCCACAGAGGGCAUGAAUUAA